AGGAGGACGGGCCCGUAGCCCGAGGCCUGUCUGCCCAGCGCGCGCGGCUGGCCAGCCCGCCCCCGCUGGAUGCCGCCGGGAAACCCCACGGCGGCAGCCGACGGCGCACGGUGGGCGGGCCCGGCGGCCCUGUGCGUGGCCGGUGCGAUCACCGCUCGGGCGGCGCGGUCAUUCUUCGAGAAAUAUUUGGCGGAGGCAGACAUCUCUUUGGGAUUCCAGUCAGAGAACGCUUUCUAUUAUUCCUUCUACAGCCAUCUGGUCCGCGCGGACAGCUGGUGGGAUGGCUUGUGUGACCUGUACGCUGACAGGCUGAGUGAGGCGCCGGCGGAGGUCAACGCCCUCCGGCGCUUCAACAUCUACCAGGAAGCGCUGCUCGGCAUGGCCUGGCGUGGCGCCGCGGCGGCUGUGCAAUCGCUGGGGCUGGCCGCCGCUCCAGACCCUGCACGUUUCUACUGCGCCUCGGUGUUCGUUGCGUACUUCUUCGGCGUGCUCGCGCUCUUGUGGAACGUCCGGUGGAACGUGUGGUGCGUUUUGGUGGCAGGGGCUUCCUAUCUCAACAAUCUGGAGGACGCCACGCACGUCGCCUUCAUGCCGCCGCUCCGCGAGAACUUCGGCAUCCCGCUGUGGUUCGCGAGCUGCGCGAGCCUGCAGUGGCUGCACCGCCAGUGGAGCGGCGCUCGCCCCAGUGGGCUGGGGGCGCCUCGUGCAUCGUUGGUGCUGGCAUGCUCCGGCUUCCUGUUGUCGUGGCAGUUUGCCAACUUCGCGCUGAGCCUGCAGUGGGCCGCUGUCUGCGCCGUGGCCGUGUCGGGAGCCACGGGGUGGCCCUUCGUCGUCGAGGUGUCGCGGCUGUACGUGGUCAGUGUGCUGCUGAGCUCGGCACUCCGCUUCGGCGACCUGUGGGCCGUGAGGUCGGUGUUCUUCCGCCUGUCGCUGUCUGCGGUGGUCGCCGGCAGGAUACUGCAGGCCGAGAAGACCCGCUGCGACGAUCGGAAGCACGCGGCCGCGCCAGCGUGCCUCGACUCCCAGCUUCCGAGCCCAGCUAGGCUUCUGGCCGCCCUCGCCGCCGCGCUGGGCACGGCGGCCUCCGUGGGAUGGGCGGCGCGCCGGCUCGUGGCCCGCCGCGACGGCGAGGAGGCCCUCCUGGACGACGCGCACAUCUUCGAGUUCGUGGCCUUCCGUUUCGGCCUGCGGCCAGGCCCCCUGGGUUACCACGCGGCCCUGUACGAAGGCCAGAGGAGCUUCAGCUCCCCCGCGUGGCCGGACUGGGAGCCGCUGUGCACCUCGCUGGCCGCCCCCGCGGCGGCCCUGGUCGCGGCCGUGGUGCUGCUGAAGCUGCUGUGGAGGCAGCGCAGGCGCUGGUGCCACGACGAGCUGGCGUGCCGCGACAUGUUCCCCGAGGCGCUGCUGCUGGCGCUGGCGGGGUCGGUGACGCCGCUCUUCCUGGUCAUGCUGCGGUACCAGAUCCUCUUUGUGCCCCACGUGGUGCUCCUGGGCUCGCUGGCGGCCGACUCGCGGCUGUGGCCGCCGAGACUGCGGGCCUGCGGCCCGCUCCUCGGCACCGGGCUCCGCGCGGCGUGGCUGGCGGUGCUGCUGGGGCGUUGGGUGCCCCGGGGUCCGCUCGAAGUGCGCCGCGGGCCGCACGCGGACGAGCUCGCGGAGCGCUCCGAUCUGCUCGCCUGGAUCGCAGCGAACACCAGGGACGGCGACAUCGUUGUGUCCGGCAUGGGCUUGUCGGCCCUGAUCAGGCUGCACGCGCGGCGCGGCGUCGUGUGCCACCCGCACUACGAGAACACCAGGCUACGGGAGCGCUGCCACUGGGUGGAGAGGAUCAACGGCUGGCGCUCCCUCAAGGAGUACCACGGCAUCCUGCGGGACCGCGUGCUGCCAGGCCCGUGGAACAGCAGCGGGCGCAUCCUCGUCGCCGAGAAGGUGCAGAGCUGCUUCGGAGUGGACGAGGCUGGCCGCGACGUGUCCGAGAUUAUCGAGCGGAACUCGCCCGAGCAGGCGGAGGGCGUUCGGGGCCAGAAGGCAUGCGAGCAGCUCCACUUGAUGGCCGGCGGGUGGGCCCCGCCUCGCGGCUUCCAGCCGCUGGUGGUGGGCCGCUGGUACGCCUUAGUAGAAGUGCUCGAGGAACCGCAGAGAAAGGGGAAGCCCUUACAGUUGAGCCUGGAGUCCGAAUGCCGGUUCGCCCGGUAUCUCUUCGAGGAGCUUUCGCGUUCAGCCGAAGCCCAGCCGUUCUUCCUGCGUUUGUUGGGCUCCCACGGGCAAAGAGCGCACGAGCUGGACGUGCCUUGCGCGUGUGCCGCGUCGUACUUCUGGCCGCCCGACGUGAAGGUACUGGUGCACCGACGUGCUCUGGAGCUGCGCCGCGGAUGGGCCGACGGCGCGCUGGGAUGCUGCGAGCUGACCCCCAGGGCGGUGGACUGCCUGAGCGCCCACGCGCGGGCGCUGCACGACGCGGGCGACUACAUGGCCGCCGAGCGCUACCACGGCUUCGCCACCGAGCUCCUGCCUGGCUCCGCCCAGCCCCACGGCUUCCGCGGCUUCGCGCUGCUGCAGGACGGCAGACUCGAGGCGGCCCUGGAGAGCUUCCGGCGCGCCGCGGCCCUCGAGGGUUCCAGGGCCUCGUCGACGACGGGCUGCGGCAUGGUGCUGGCGCUGUCGGGCCUGGGCAGGUUCGCCGAGGCGCGGGAGCAGCUGGCCGCGGUGGCCCGGUUCGACCCGAGGGCGGGCUGCAUGCACGCCGAGAGGGGCCUCCGGGGGCUGGGCGCCAGCGCGGAGCUGCAGCCCGAGCUCGAGGCCUACGCGGAUCUGCGGCUGGCGCUGCGGGACUACGACGGCGGCAUCUCGGGGUGGCACAGCUUCCUGGACUCGAGUGCAAGCGCGAGGUACCUGACGCGACGCUUCCGUGGGAGCAAGGUCCUCUUCCUUGGGAGUGCGGACAAGCACUUGAAUCCAGCGUUGGUCAGCCUCAAGGUUCUCCGAAGAGUUCACCGCUGCGACUGGCCCGCAGAGUUCUGGAUCGAGGCCGGGGAGCUGUACCGCGUGGACUCCGCGCAGCGCGAGGCUCUGGCGUUGCUCGGGGCCGAGCUGCGCGUGCUGCCUUCUCCGUACGCGGCCUGGAGGGGCACGUUCUGGCACUGGCGGGCGAACCUCACCCAGAAAUGGAACCAGGGGCCAGGUGCGGACGGGAAGCUGCAGAAGUACGCGCUCAAGACGCUGGUGCUCAGCGACGCGCACAGGGGGGUAGGGGGAGGGAUGUAGGCUUCUGAGAAGCACCCCUGCUUCUUGGAAGGCGCGGGCCUCGUCUGUAGAUGUAGGGCCGGCGCCUCCCAAGAAGCAGCCUCCCUCUAAGACGCCCCCCCCCUUCCCUCUCUAUCCCCCGGCGCGCGCGGCCAAGGUGCUGCUCCUGAGCUCGUGCAGCGACUGCCUCUUCCUCGACGCGGACAAUGUGGCGCUCCGGGCUCCGAGCGCCCUCUUCGAGGGCCUCGCGGCCCACGAGGCCGCGGUGUUCUGGCCAGACCUGUGGGACGAGCCGGCGGGUUCCGCCGCGGCGCUCUGGGCCUCCCUGCCGCCCCCCGCGGCGCCGGCGCACAAGACGCAGGAGAGCGGCCAGCUCGUCGUGCGCAAGUCCGGGCGGCAGGCCCUGCGGGCGCUGCUGCUGGCCGCGCUGCUCGCCGUGCGGGGCGACGUCUUCCUGGAGGCCAUCUACGGCCUCGAGGGCGGGGGCCUCCUCUGCGGGUACGGCGACAAGGACGCGUUCCACCUCGGCUUCCGCCUCCUGGGCGUCCCGUUCCGCUGGGGCGCGCCCCUCCCGAGCGUGCUGGUCAGCUCGCGCGACGGCAGCUACGUGGGUCAGCUGCAGCUGGGCUCCGACUCGGGCCCCCUGUUCCUGCACGGCGCCCACGCGAAGGACAACCUCAUGAGCCUGCUUCGCUUAGGGCUGGACCGCUGCGACUUCCGCAGCGGCCAGGGCGGAAACUUAUUUAGAAGACAAGGAAGGACAACAGGCGUAAGACACAAGCUUUCGCAGGUCCGUGUGGACGUCUUGGGUCGGCGCUGAACCCUCUCCCCACGCUCUUCGCGGCGCCUCUGGCGCCGCGCUCUGCGCUCCAGGGGGGGAGUGCAGGAAGGGGUCCGACCCGAAAACGCUGUGGGGACCGCCGGAAGUGUGCGGCAGGUUGGCGCCGCGAUGACGCGGCGGCGGCCCCAGCGCGGGCGUUGGAG